CAACGCGCUUUGAAAUUUCUUAUUUUUCAUUAUUUUUUCAAAAACACCAAAAAGUUCAACCGUGGGGACAGUUCUUGUACGCUUUGACCAUCGAACUAAUCAAUAAGUAGCGCAUUAUUGAUAGCCAUCUUCAUAUUUGACGAGAUCCUUUUGAAGUAAAGCUCAGUUUGGCUGAGUAGUCAAGGCAGAAGCUGGUGUUCGGUGUCGAUAUCGAUAGUUGAUAAUGGCCCUCGAGAAGAGUCGCUCCAAAGUGGUCCAGCUACUGGGUGACAUGAUGAACAGUCAUUCCGAUUUGGUCCAUCAAUCGACCGAGGAGUUGACCAGCCUCUAUGCCGAUCCGGACAGCACCAUUGAGCUGUGCCUGGUUCUCGGCAACUGCGCGAGGCUGCCGGCCAUGCGCAAGUGCUCCGGUCACAUACUCAAGAAUCGAUUGGGCCAAGCGGGCAUGUGGAAGAAGAUGAACCUUGCCCAGCAGCAGGAGGUACAGAGCGCCCUGCUGAAUGCACUCAAAACGAUGUCCACGAACGAUGAUGAGAACCUGCAGCUGACAAUUGUGUGCUGCGUUGGACUUGUGAUGGAGCAGGUGAUGGAAGCGGAGGACGCGGCCGCCGAGUGGAACAACUGCGUUUUCAGUCACAUCGAGGAGCUGUGCGUUAGCCACGAAAAGCUCGCCCAGCUGCUGGGCUCCAUUUGCUACAAGCUGCUGAUCAAGACGACGCCCAAUGUCGCUGAGAAAUAUUUGCUGCGCACCAAAGCCAUAUUCACGAACGCACUGGAGCAGGCCAAGGCUAACGGGGAGCUGGGUACGCUGGCCACGGAGAAUCUGCUUGCCGGCUGGAGUCUGGCCAUACCAUUGUUCCGCAACCAUGCCAGCGACCAGGAUGAGCUGGUCGCCACGCUGCCGCUCAUCAUGGAGUUGACGCACGCUUUUGCCUAUCAGCCGAAUCCGAAACGAAGCUACCGCGGAUUCGAUAUGCUCGUCAAGCUGAAUAAGCAUAUGCCGGAACUGGUGUGGCCAGAACUGCAGCAGGUGGUCAGCAAACUGUUCGUGUUGGCCAGCGACACGAGCCUGGCCGAUGAGAUACGCGUUCAGGCCAUCAUAACGUUAAGGAAUUGUGUGCGCCACAAGCGGCGCCACAUCAUUCGUCUGAAAUUGAUGGACAAGCUGCUGAUGACACUGUUCAAUCUGCUGGCCGUCAAGCCGGCCCUGGAUGCGGAUGGCGAGGAUCUGUACUUGGUCGAUGCCCAGGAGUCGCAAUCUCCGCUCUCCGAAGCGGCCCAGACGGUGCUCUUCAUUGCAUCCCAAUCGGACACCAAUCGAGUCGCGCAGCGCGCGCUUCGCCUGAUGCUGCCGAAGCUGGUCCAGCAGAAGUCGGCGGUGCAGCGCGUUGGCGGUCAUCUGUUUCUGGCCCUGAUGGCCAAGGGCUUCACCGAUUUGCUGGCGGACGAGCCACUGAACAGCUUUGUCGCUGUGGUCGAGAAGGGUGUGCAUGAUGCCGACCCCAUGGUGCGCCGCUCUGCGCACUUUGCGCUGGCCAUUCUCGCCGAGAAUCUGCAGCCGGAGAUCACGGUGCUGGCGCCCCAGGUAUUGCCCCUGUUCUGUGAGUUCUUCGAUCAAAUGACACCGGAGCAGCGUAUGAUCGAUCACGAAACGGAGUCACAAACGCGCAUGUUCUGCACUCUGGAAAUCUACUGCGAGAGCCUGAGGCGAGAGGCGCUGCAGCCGCAUCUGGGCGAGCUGAUGAAACGCUUGAUGUUUACGGCUUCGCCCAACAACAACUCAGCGUCGCUGCGCCAACUGGCAUUGAGCGCCAUCGCCUCACUGGCCAAAAUGUCGAAGGAUAUGUUCAAGCCGCACUUCGAUGAGGUGAUGGCCAUUGCAAUGCCCCUGGCUAAGCAGUCGGCCAACGACGAUGAAACGCUGCUCCGAACCCAAGCCAUACAGGUACUUAACAUGUUGAGUCUCGUUGAUGCGGAGAAAUUUGAGCUGCGCGCACCAGAGCUCAUGGAAUGCUUUAUGGAAAUGCUGCAGGAUGAUCUGGGAGCUCAGGUUUUCACUUUCGAGCUGCUCGGCGUGCUAGCCAAAUUUAUACCCAAACAGAUAGCCGACAACAUAGAGCCCAUUAUCGGUGGCGUAUUCACCGCAAUCAAAGAGGGCGCCGAGGAGGACAAGGAUAGCGAUGACGAGAAGGAUGACGAUGAGUGCGAGGCGGAGACUGAUUGCGAUGCCAGUGUCUGUGCCGAGGAGGACAGCAUUGGCGACGGCCAUGGCGAUCAGACGGAGAACGAUGCCACUACCAGAAGCGCCACCAGUUCGGAAAGUCUAUCCACAUCCGUGGCACCCGAUGAGGCACUAAUGUGCCUCAAGGCACUGGCUGUCCAUUUACCCGAUGCAGUUGUGCCAUAUCUGUCCGAGGCGGAGCGCUGCGUGUCCGCUUGCACAGAUUCGCAUAACGAGUUGGGACGCAGGGCGGCAUACGAGGUGCUGACCCAAUUGGCCGCACUCCAUUUCCACAAGGGCGACAUGGAGGAGGCGAAGCGUCAGUGGAACGAGCUGAUGCCAGACCUGGUGGACUUUGUGGAAACGGCCAAGGAGACAGCGAACGUUAUUGGCGUGAUGAACUGCAUCACGAUGUUCCUCAAGCUGCUCAAGUCGGAUGCUCUGGAAGGCGAAGGCUUCGCCGACAUGAUCAUCAGUGUGGUGCGCCGUACUCUGCGCCGCAAGCUCAGCUGCCAGUUUAACAUUGGCCAGGACACGAAGAUGUCCGUGCUGCAGCAGUGGAGCCAGGCGCUGUACGCCGAGAUGCAGGUGAUGGAGGCCGUUGGCGACCUGCUGCCGGCGUUUGGCCAGUCGAUGAGCAAGCGCCAAUUUGCCACACACUUUCAUAGCAUCAGCACUCGGUUUCUGAAGAGUCUGCGCCAGUGCAAGCCCACGGGUCAGAUCACGCCGCAUCUUUACUUCCUGUACAAUCUGGUCUUUCGCUGCAUGGAGCCACUGGGCGUCAUUGCCGAGCAGUAUUACGAUGUGCUCUGCUACAGCGUCGUCGACUGCAUGAUGGACGAUAAGCCGCAUGUGCGAGACUUCGCCAUCGAUGUGGUACACUGGCUGCUCAGCCAUGUCCAUGACGACGACAGUGCUGAGGUCAUUAUCAAGGCGACGUCUUCGGUCUUUAUCGAUGCGCUCGACGCCCAGUCGAAGCUGUCCAGCGCGGAGCGAGAGCGCGUCAGUGCGGUUGUGGCACGUAUGCUCCUCAGCACCGAUUCAAUAUUGACGGAGGCGACACUGUCGCUGCUCUAUGCGAAUUUCCCGCUGCGCAGCCACUUAAGUGAGUACACCCACGUGGUUCAGGCCAUGCGCCAUCUGUAUGACACGAAGCCCAUUGUGCUGGAGCCACAUCUCAGACAGACACUGCAGCUGCUGCUCGAAGCACUGGAGAAGCAGCAGCUGCCAGAUGAUAAAACGCGUUACCGAGCUCUUAAGUUAGCGGGCCUCAUCAAAGUCAAUCAAAAGCCGCUGUUCGAUGAUGUUAGCCAACAGUUUCCUGGUGCCGAUGAGCUGCUUGCAGAGAUUUAGUUACAGACUAGAGAUCAGAGUACUAGGAGCUAGUAAAUGUUUUGAUACAGUCGUUUCCAACUAGUUGUCCGGCAGAUAGCAAAUGCAUUUGGGUAAUGCGACUAUCUUUAUGUUUAACGUUUGAAACACUAGAGAAUUACUCGAACAGGGAUAGUGCCAUGUAGCUAUACAAAAUUCUGGUGAUUAAAUCCAAAUUUCGGUAUCUGAAAUAAAGUCUCCGUUAUUUCAGCUUAUCAAAUUAUAAAAUUGAUGUUUGUAAUAUUUAGUGUGAUAAAUAAUCGAUUCUAGGCUAACAAGAUCUGUGUUG